GAAUGCAACAAACGAUUAAACCAACCCAUGUACUAACUAAUAAAAGCCAUAAAAGAUAGAGAGCUCAAGAACACCCUCUCUCCUUCCUCUCAUUUCAAACUGUAAAUAAAUAGUUUUAUCAAUUUAGAAAAAGAAGCUGCAAAAGAGAAGCUUCGGAAUUGCAUUCGGAUCCGACACCCCCUCCACUUUGUCUUUGUCUUUGUCUUUGUCUUUGUGUGUGUUGUUGCUGCCUCUCUCUCUCUCUCUCUCUGGUUCAAUCGUUGGUGUGGUUCAGAGAGAGGGAGACGAUCAUAUAAUAGCACCACGGCUCUUUAUCUUCUUCAAUCCUUCAGUACAAAAUUGAGGUUGGCAUCUUGAAUGAGGACAGUAUUUUUUUCCUGUUGAGAUUUGUAAAAACUAAGGAAACAUAAUGGGUGCCUGUGUAUCAACGCCAUCUAAGACAAUUACGUCAAGGAGGAAGUAUCGUCACCGGUUAAGAAAAUACCGAGGAAAGCUUCCCCAUUCUUUCCCUGAUGGACCCAUGAAAAGGAUUAGUGAUGCAGGUGCUCGUGUGACAGAUUUUGCUGUUAGUGAGUUUGUUCAUACAACUACCACCUGCAGAAGAUCUGAGGUUUCAAAUUCAACAUUUCACCUCACUGAGUUGCAAUGGCACCAUAGUCAAAUUGAUGCUAAUGUAAUUUCCCAAGAGGAAGCAUGGUUUGACACACUCAGUAUAUUGGAUUCUGACUCAGAUGAUGAGUUCAGCAGUGUGCAUGGAGACUGUUUUCCUAACAUUUCAAGUGGACAAGUGCUUCAGUACGAAACUUCAUCAUGCUUUGUGGAUAGCAAAUGUAAGUAUAAAGAGUAUCACGAAAGAUAUUUGAAAAUAGAUAGCAGUAAAACAGAGUUCUUAAACAAAGAUGGAUUCAACGAUCCAAAUGGAUUUGCACUUAUGAGUACCCAGGGCUAUGGGCUUUCUUUGGGAAAGGGAGAAGAGUAUUGCUCCAAGAGGAAGAAAAAAUUGGACCGUUCUUAUCUAAGCUUCAACGGUGUAAAAGAGGAUGAACAUGAUAACAUUCUGAAAUCUGGAUUACCUCGGUUGGUUCCUUCUGUAAGUUUCAAUGAUCAGAUUAUUAAUGCUUCAAGUUUAGGUCCCCAACCUCAAAGAAAGAAAUCAGCAGUUAUAAGGCUUUCUUUCAAGAGGAAAUCAGUAGAUGGAGAAGAAACCAAUGAAUUCUGUGCAUCAACAAAAUAUUUUUACCGUCCAAGAGCAGGACUCUUAAUUCCAUGUUGCACAGAAGAGAAGCCAAUCCCAAGUAGUUGGUCUGAUAUUGAACCCUCAAGAUUUAAACUCCGCGGUGAUAACUAUUUUAAAGAUAAGAAGAAAUUCCCUGCUCCAAAUUAUUGUCCUUAUACUGCAAUUGGUGUUGAUUUAUUUGUUUGCCCGAGAAAGGUUAAUCACAUUGCUCAACACCUUGAGCUUCCUUCUGUAAAAGCAGAUGGGAAAGUGCCUCCACUCCUGAUUGUCAAUAUUCAGUUGCCUACUUAUCCUACUCCGAUGUUCCUUGGUGAUAGUGAUGGGGAGGGUUUGAGCCUCGUACUGUAUUUCAAACUUUCUGAGAAUUUUGAGAAAGACACCUCUCCCCAAUUUCAGGAUAGCAUUAAGAGAUUGAUUGAGGAUGAUACGGAGAAGGUUAAAGGAUUCACGAAAGACUCCACAGUUCCUUUCAGAGAAAGGCUAAAGAUAAUGGUUGGGGUAGUUAACCUAGAUGAUUUCGUCUCGAGUUCUACUGAAAAAAAGCUUUUGCAUGCUUAUAAUGAAAAGCCAGUCCUUUCACGCCCUCAACACAGUUUUUAUCAGGGUCCCAAUUACUUUGAGAUUGACCUUGACAUCCAUCGGUUCAGCUACAUAGCCAGGAAGGGAUUAGAAGCAUUCCGGGAUCGUCUGAAAACUGGAAUACUGGAUUUGGGUUUAACAAUUCAGGCACAGAAGCCAGAAGACCUGCCGGAGAAAGUUCUCUGCUGCGUGCGACUGAACAAGAUCGACUUUGUUAAUCAUGGCCAAAUCCCUACACUUGUGACUCUUCCUGAUGACUAAUUCCAAUGGUGGAAUGCAGGGUCUGACUUCUAUAGUUUCCGACAUCUACCUGAGGGUAGAAUCUAAAUAUCUACUGUGUAUAAAUGGGAAUUCCCUGCAAUUCCAGCAUUAUACAAACACAAUGAAGAAAACAUAUUUUUUUUCUAAAACAGCAUAAGUAUAUAUGCUCUUUGAUGUUGACUCAACAAUGUUAUCAAUAAAAUGUUGUAUUAUUAUAUGUUGUUAGUAUAACGUCUAGCCUUUUGACAGAUUGG